AGAGACAAUAUUUUAUCAACUGAAGAGAGCAAGGAUUUAUAAAACUAUUCUAUAAACUACCCCUGAAAACUAAAAAGAUGUGGGGAGAACAGACAUUGGACAUGUAGCAUGGUAAUACCAUGCUAUUCUUAUAAAUAUCAAGGUUUAUGAAAACAGUAGCCAUUUGUUCAGUACUAUGGUAUUACCAUCACUGUAGCAUGGCCAGUUGCUUAAAACAUCACAGUAUUUUGCAGAGCAAUAACACAAACACAGAGAAUAACAGGUAAUGUAUUACAUGAGCUACACAUUUUGUGUCAGACUUUCAACAUAAACAUAAUAAUGUCACCCAAGAAACAUCAUUUUAGCAGGGAAUACCAUGCAGUAAACAUGUAUAGGUUAAAGUCAGGUGACCUUCUCACAAGAAAAGUUACAUUUAGAUAAAGACAGUGAGUUGAUCACAUAGAUAACUCCUUACAUACUGCCUGUGAAGGAAGCAUUUUACACUUAUCAGAUGCAGUCAUGAUUUGACUUGUUGUUGCAGGUGGCAUUAGGGGAGGGGCAAACUUAUUGUAGCAAGAAUGUGAUUUUAUAUGAAAAUCUGUGUAGUGCAGAAUGAGUCAACAGUAUUUAUAAAUACUACAAUUUCAGGAUUUUAGCCUACUGUACAUUAUAAUACCACAAUUAGCCUACAUAGAUUAUUUUGGUAACACUACACAAUAAGGUUCAUUAGUUAAACAUCAGUUAAUGCAUUAACUAACAUGAACUAACCAUGAGCAAUACAUUUGUUACAUUUACUAAUCUUCGCUAACGUUAGUUAAUGAAAAUACAGUUGUUCAUGUUAGUUCACAGUGCAUUAACUAAUGUUAACAAGAUUUUAAUAAUGUAGCUAUUAGUAAAUGUUGAAAUUAACAUUAACAAAGAUUAACAAAUGCUGUAUAAGUGCAGUUCAUUAUUAGUUCAUGUUAACUAAUGUAGUUAACUAAUGAACCUUAUUGUAAAGUGUUCUUUUCCUUACAUUUUUUAUAAAGUAUUGCACAGUCCCAUUAACGCCAAUAAUAUUGCCAGAGAAAAACAUUGUAAAUAAAUUGCAAUUCCUGUGCAAUUUUUCGACGUCAUUUGUAAAAUAUGAAAAUACGUGUCAUAAAAGUGUCAUUUUACUAUGUAUAUUUUAUUUACCCUGAAUAUCUACUCAAUAUAUACUUCUUUACAUUUACAUAUAUUCAUAUGUAUAUACGUUUUUCUCUGUUUUCUCUCAAAAAAAUAUACAUUUUUUUCUCUGUAACACGCGUCAUAAACCAUCCAACGUGACAGCUGUUUGAAAAGGAUCAAAUGUCAACUGAUUCGUUGAUAUUUUUAUAGUCAUUUAUUAUAAAUGCUAAUCUAAAUAAAUUACAAACGCUGUUGCUGCGAAUGAAAAUCUGCCAAAGAAACAAAACACACCAGCAACUCUGUAAUUUUAUUGGGAGCACUUCCUCAUAAACAAACGCUCGAGUUGAAGCGCUGAAAGUGCGGCAGCUGAAACCUCCGAUGCGUUUCCAACCGGGGUGAUGACGUAUCUCCGAACAGUCAACAGACGCGCACAGUCGGUCCGGACUGAAGCUACAACGGGGCUAAUAUUUCUCCCUUUUUCUGCUGUCUGUGCGCUUUGGCGAUGUGAAAAACAUCGUUCAUACAAGGCGGCCGGAAUAGAGUGUUUACACGGCGCAAACGAGUCCGUUCGUGGCGGUUUUUGGGGAUGAGAGCGCGCUCCGGAGUGUGACGCCUGUGUUUAUUCGUGUUCACUGCGACACGGAAAGUGACAGUGCAGGAUUCCUCGUCUUGACAGCUUAAAGACACGACUGGAGCGUCAAACAUUUAGAUUAUUGGCUUAAGGAGUCCGCUUUACUACUUUAAUGGUCUUGGUGUAGGACAGCAGGCCAGUGGAGAAAGCCUGAUCAUCAUCACCAUAAUCUUCAUCACCCCACGGCUUGUUUAUAGUUGCUUUAAAUACAUCUGUCAGUGCUUAACUUAUUUUUCAACGCGAUGAGAAGAAAUUUACAGUAUUAAUGGUGGACGGGGACAUUAAUAACACAAUGUUUGCUGAUAAUGUCAACACGAUGUGCAUGUGAGACUCUUUUAAUGCGGCUAAAACUGAUUCAAUUUGACUGAAAGAUGUUGUAGGUGUCUACAGCGUUGAUUGGAGCACUUAAUUGGACAUAAAUACUAAAAAAACACAGUGAUUUUCCUGAUGCAACCCUUAAAAAUCAAUACCACAGCGACAUAUGAAUGAAGCGAGGUGCAUAAAUAAAUACAGGCACUUCUAUGAUGUGAACUUUUAGUUAGUGAUACACUCACUAAGGAGAUAUUGAACGUUUUCUCCCUAAGCUUGAGAGGAUUGAACUGAAUUGUAGGUGGUUGAAGGGAACUUCUAUCGUUUUUGGUGUGAGACAGGCAGUGGCGUGCUCCAGCUCCCUGGAAAUGAGAAAAUGAAUUGCGAGGAUCAAGCUUUAGAUUUGUGCAAUGCUAUAGAUUUGUGCAAUGUGUCUGAUAACACUAUAUCACACGAAAUCCUUCCUCGUGACGGCCUCCUGCUGAUGGAUGGAGACCAAGGGGAACGGGACGCUGCUGUCCUGGCCAGGUUAAAAGACAUCCAUUUGAAGGAUGAUGAUUCCACAGAGCUCAAAGCACCGCAUAGUCAAAACAAUGGAUCCAUUGCGGUGUCAGCCGACCCUGUUAAUGGUUCUGCCGGUGACCUGAGCAAGUUUGAGGAAUCGCCAGUGACCAACUGCUCUGCUGGAGAUGGGGGUAAUGAAGCAGGUGAUUAUGAUGAUGAUAGUGAGAUGGAUAUCGGUGUGGAUUUAAGUCUGGAUGAAAAUGGCAUUUUAGAGUUCGAGCCAGCCCAGACUCAAACUGAGGAAAGUGCCUCUAUUCGCGACAACUCUCUAAUAUCAGAAACUGUCAUAGAACUGCAUUCGCAGACGCCUUCAGAGGAGCGUAGCGUCGACGUGCCCUCGGAGACGGCCUCCACGGCUACCACACCGGGCGAGGGAGUUGGGAAUAAGCACAGGUCAAAGAGGGUGACCUUUCCAUCAGACGACGACAUCGUCUCUGGCGCGGUCGAGCCGAAGGACCCUUGGAGGCACGCCCAGAAUGUGACGGUGGAGGAGAUUCUGAAUGCCUACAGACAAGCAUGCCAGAAGCUCAACUGCAAACCAAUCCCAAAAGUGCUCAAACAGAUACAGUCGUCUUUAUACUGCAAAGGUGGAACAGAAGCUGCAUCUGACAUGGACUUAAAAGACCUGACACAGCGAAACGAGUGCCUAGACCUCAAAGGAGAGAAGCUGGACUAUAAAUCAUGUGAAUCUCUGGAGGAGAUCUUUAAGAGGGUUCAGUUUAAAGUAGUAGAUCUGGAACAGACCAACUUGGACGAGGACGGAGCAUCAGCUUUGUUCGAUAUGAUAGAGUAUUAUGAAUCUGCCACUCAUCUCAACAUCUCCAGCAACAAGCACAUCGGCACCCGCGGCUGGCAGGCCGCCGCACACAUGAUGAGGAAGACGAGCUCUCUGCAGUACCUGGACGCCCGUAACACCCCGCUGUUGGACCAUUCGGCUCCGUUCGUGGCCAGAGCGCUGCGGAUCAGCGGCAGCCUUGCGGUCCUGCACCUGGAGAACGCUGGCAUCUCAGGACGACCGCUUAUGCUGCUGGCCACGGCACUGAAGAUGAACAUGAACCUCAGAGAGCUGUAUUUGGCUGACAAUAAGUUGAACGGUCUGCAGGAUUCGGCUCAGUUGGGGAAUCUGCUGAAGUUCAACUACAACAUCCAGAUUCUGGACCUGAGAAACAAUCACAUACUAGACUCAGGGCUGGCGUAUAUAUGUGAGGGUCUCAAAGAGCAGAGGAAGGGAUUGGUCACUCUGGUGCUCUGGAACAACCAGCUCACACACAAUGGCAUGGGCUACCUGACUGCCGCUUUGCCGUUCACUCAAAGCUUGGAAACACUGAACCUGGGCCAUAAUGCAGUAGGGAACGAAGGAGUGCACAAACUGAAAGACGGACUUGUAGCAAACCGGUCCAUCCUCAGGCUGGGUCUGGCCUCCACCAAACUCUCCUGUGAAGGAGCGGUCGCUAUAGCAGAGUUCAUCGCAGAGAGUCCGAGGCUCCUUCGGUUAGACAUGCGGGAGAAUGAAAUCAAGACCGGGGGCCUCAUGGCUCUUUCCCUCGCCUUUAAAGUCAACACAUCUCUGCUCCGACUCGACCUGGACCGAGAGCCCAAGAAAGAGACGGUGAAGAGUUUCAUUGAGACACAGCGCGCCCUGCUGGCAGACAUUCAGAAUGGCUGCAAGAGGAACUUCAUCUUGGCCAAAGAGAAGGAAGAAACAGAACAGAAAAUGAGACAGUCAGCUUCAAUGCCAGAAAUUGCCACAGAGGACCAAACUCAGGAGGAUGAAGAUGCAUCUGCUGAGAAAAACGAGGAAGAAAAUGCUGCCGUUCAGAAAGACGCAACCGAGGAAGAUGUAACUGAGAACCAAGAAGUCAAAGUUCAAGAAGCGACACUGCAAGACGACUCCGACUCGGACACUGAGGAUGAGGACAUAGUGGAUUCGUCGAAUGCUUCUGCAAAGACCACAUCUCCCAUACCGAUUCCUGCAAUAAACACCUGUAAGCUUGUGCCCUUGGCACCUCCUUUACAGGGAUCUCCAGCCGUCAUUUCGGGAAUUACGGUGACCGAAGCCAACGUUGCUUCCGGAGCCCCAUCAUCUCCUGGCCGCUGUUUCUCUGUGUCUAGCCCCGGCAGAGGACACAAAAUCUUUAUGGUAACACGUGUGGAAAGCCCUCCGGAGCAGCAACAGGUGACUGCAUUGCCGAAAUUUGUCCGUGAGAGGGCAGUAGAGAGCCAAACAUCUGCAACACCAACACAAACCAAUAUAAAAGCACCUUCACAACCGCCUGAGCAGAAAUCAACACAACCAACAGAUUCUGAACUCAGUGCGUUAACAUCACAUGCAGAAACGACACCUGCGCCCGCUGAAGUUCUCAACACGUCAGCGUCUUCACUUGCGGAUGAGCAGGAGAACGUGACUCAUUCUGAUAAAGUUCAGUUUGAGCAACAAGCUUCAAUAUCGGGAAGCACACAGGAACCUGCUACACCAUUUGAAAGCCAAAUUAGACUCGAUCAGACUCACUUAGAGCAGCAGUUACCAGUAGAUACAACAACAAAAACACCACAAGAGACACAAAAUGCCAGUGAAGAGGACCAGCAGGACGAGCAGAUCCAGGGAUCAAGUCCCACGCAAACAGAGCCAUCAGUGUCAGGACAAUCCCGGGACGGGACGCCAAACCCUGAAGAACAGCAAAAGCUGCAGCCUUCACUGGAGGUCACGGGAGGUCAUGAACUCCUAGAUACGGACGGCUGUAGUGCUCAAGCGGGAUCUUCUGAUGAAGAAGCCGAAGGUUGUCCGGUUAUGAGCGCGGGAGCAGUGCUUCCCAAUGGGCUGAAGCCAGAAUUUGCCUUUCACCUGCUCGAACCAGAGGGACUCAAACCAGCCAGCUGCAUUAUGGAGCAUGUGAGCAUGACUGCGGAGCUGAGCUGCGGGCAGGAUUUAGAAGAGCUUCUCCUUGAUGCCAGUCUGGACACCAGCAGAGAUGCACCAUAAUGCUGUAAUCUAGGAUCCACACGUGUAGUGAGAACCAGAAGGGCCGGUUUGUUCUUGCCACAUGGCAUUUGCUCAUAUUCCUCUGGACUCUUUCCAUCUUUCUCUUGUGUCUUUUCCACAAAUUUUCAAAACAACACGGAGAACUUCCCUGAAAUGUCCAACCUUUAAAAAUUGGCGUUGUAUUGAAAUUACGAAAACCUGUGAUUGGUUACUUUGCCGUAAAGUUGUUCAGUAUGUUCGUUCAGCGAUGGUGUUCUUCAAAAACACAAUUACCAAAGACACACACGCGGAGAAACACGAACUUUUCGCUAACCGGCGACCUUCUUCUGUUCCACCCCUUUAUGCUGUUGGCGUGUCACUGCUCACCGUCGCCCCCUCGUGGAUUGGAGGUUGUAAUGCAGUAGAAAGACUGACCAGCUGGAACACUUUGAGCAAAGACAUUGAAGCAUUGGUUUUGGCUUUCAGAUCUUGUCGGCCAGGCGGAAGUUGUUUAGCGAGUGCCUCGUCGCACUCGGGUGUAUGUGUGCGUUUGUCAUUAUUAUUGUCUCAUUAACACAAAAAAAGGACUUACCAAAGUGACACGCAUCCGCUUUCCAUUUGUUCCUGCUGCUGCUCAGGAAUCGGUCAAAACAUCCACUUCUGAUCUCACCAGGUUCACUCCAUCAACCAGCACCUCUGAAGCCGCGAAAGCGCUUUGAAACCUGUGUGAAUAUGUGGAACAAUCGAUAAUUGUUGAUCUUUAGCGAAUCAUCUGAAUGAUCCAGAUGAUUUGGAAAAAACAGGCGAAUGAAUUGUACAAUUUUCACUCUCUUUUUCACCCACACACACAAAUACUCAUUCUGUCUUCCAUCGGUAACCCUGUGUGUCACCAUACGUACUCAUCCGAAUCAGGACAUGCCUUUAAACCUUUUUUCAGCUCUUUAUUCUGGCUGCUUGGCUGAAUCAGUUUAUAUUUAUUUUAAACAACCCGAGUCUGUUGUGUGAUUUAGUUUUUUUCCUCCCCGUGUUCCCUGUCUUUUUUUUUUUUUUUUUUUUAAAGCUGUUGUUGUGGGAUUUUCCCCCCUUUGGUGUAUAUUUUCAGAUUCUAUAAAGAGCAAAUAUUAAGUUUAAAGUUUUUCCUAUUUUGAUUGGUUGGGGUUUGGGAAAGGGGUGGGGCUCUGUUGAUUUAUAUAAAUGGGGGUGGAGCUCUGGGAGAGUAUAUUAUGUAAAUCAAGAGUGUGUUUGGGCAUGAAGGCCGCCAUUUACAAUGAGGCAGUAGGAGUGCCGGACCACAAGACUUCAUGAAGAAAACACUAAACUUGUGUGACGCUACUGCCGCCGGAGACACUAGAGACUAAACUUUACCUCAAAAGAUGUCACCAACGUUGGACAAAUGAAAAGCUUGUGACAUCGAAGCGAGGCUUGACCCGAUAAAUGUAGUACUUGCCACCAUUCCAGGCUCUGUGGUUGGUGCUUUUCGGUUUCUCUCUUUCUCUUUAACAUCUGGUUGAUGUUGACUCUGACUUUGAAAGCAGACGUCUAUCUGCCAGACUUCAGAGAAGCUUUGCCUCUACAUCCAGAUCAUCUUUGACCUUGAAAUCAACACUUCUGUGCCCCCAACCCGAUGUUUGUAAUGCUUUAUUUUUAGUCAUUUUUAAAAUUACCUGUUAAAUUAAUCAAACUGUACUGGUAACACAAAGAGAUGUGUAUGGCUUUUUCCCUCUCAAAUAAAUGCAUGUAAUGAGAAAAGUA